AUGGCCGACUCCUCAGAGGUUGUGCUCAACGCGCCCCACGCCCCUCAUCCCAAUGCUAUCGAGGCUUUCGGCGUCGUGCUAUCCAAGAUCAAGCAUGAGAUCUUGAAGUCUCGCCGCGACUGGGAUAAGCACGAGCCCAAGAUGUGGUCGCGCGCAGCCGGACUGUCUGACGAGCAACUCGUCGACUUCUCCCUUGAGAAGGACCUUGUUGAAGUCCGCUCGGGGCCCACCAGCUACGGCACCAUUGUCCUGGGAAAGAUCAGGAUCCCCGCUGUCAACGACGAUCUGGGCGAAGGAUUCAUCCACGUGCGCAUUCACGAUCCCCCGAACAGGGGUGAUGAGGAUGUCGUCUUCCACUCGCUCUUCACCGACGAGGGCCACAAGGACGCCUACGGCCAUCCUACGACUUGGCAGGCCAUCCAGACCGCGGAUACCCCGCUUGAGUUCUUCAACGAGUAA